UGUCUACAGCCCGACUAAUUAUCGUGAUUGGAAUUGUUACCAUGGAAACUGCUCUUUCAUUGAUAUACUCCUUCCAUCAUAUCAUAACCUGUCCAAACAUAUACUCUCUGUGUCGGACGAGGUCAUUUGGAAAGCAUCGACUAAUCCAAAGAGGAACACUCUUUGAUGGCUUUAAGGUACAAAUAAUGGUAUGUGCGAUGUCAAAGCUACAUGCGGACCAACAUGAACAUGUGUCACCUACCAGUCAGCAUUGUAGCACUCUAUUCACUGUUCCGGAUGGUGUCCUGCUUCACAUAUGAACAAGACGUACCUGACACUAACGGCAAACUAUUCUUUUAUGUAACUCCCUUGUGCUCGGACAAUGCUAAACCUAUCCUGUUCAUCGUCCCUCAGUCAUCCCGAUCCUGUUUUGCAACCAUAGCAACGCCCUUCAACGUCACAAACGUUCGUUUCAACAACGGUUUGUCUCGCAGAUUCUCGGUGGAUUGUGUGGAACCCAAAUGGAACAGUCUUGGUGAAAUUGGAGGCCAAAUCCGGUCGACUUGUGAAUUAACAGUCUACGUGGAGUACAGUAAUGACAAUUACCUCGUCCAUCCUCUGGAUAUCGCUGGGAACAAGUACACUGUCGCAGUUCCUGCUGACUUCACGUCUUGGGAGUGUUUCAUCGCCAUAUUCCCAGUACGUAACGCAACCAACGUCACCGUCAUGGCGGAAGCGCCGACAACUGAUUACGUCCUGAUCGACGACAGUAGCUGGACCAAAUACGACUCCAAGUACAAGAUGAUGGUUACCCUCUACGAAUUUGAAACAAUUUAUAUCAAGUGUGCUUGUAGUUUGUCUGGUGUAGAAAUCAUAUCACCAAAUGCCUUCUUGGUUGUUGCUGGCGCCAUACCAAUACAUCCUAGCCCUCGAGCAAUUCUUAUUGAACAACUUUCGUCGGAAACUACAUGGGGUCGACAGUUCUUGUUUCCAAUGCCAACUCUUGUUAACAUCACAGCGACAUUGUAUAUAUUUGGUAAAAACAAUACAGCUGGUCUGUUUGUUAAUACUGAUCGUGUUAACCCUAGUUUUGUGUCUAUAUCAUCAUUCCCCCACAUCCUGGAGAUCGAAGCAGAUGAAUACAUCCACGUUAUAUCACCCAACUCGUCCGUCUUACCCAUGGUGCUGAUGGAAACUUUGAAUAAUGACAGAGACGUCAGAUUCAUGUACAUGACCCUACCACCAGUGUCACAGUGUCUUCCGAGACAUCGAUUCAACGACGACAGAGGAAACCGAAGUAUGGCGAUGUCUCUUUGGGGUACAUUCGGAUACAACUACCUGAUUAAUUCGCAGAACCUUACAAAGACAGCACAAGUCACGAAUUUUACUCAUGACAACAUAUACCUUUAUACAAAUUUUGAAAGUUAUCUUAGUUUUGAGAUAAUACCGAAACGACAUACAACAUUAUUUCCGUCUGUCUGUGGUAUUGUUGAAAUUGCACGUAGAAAACAAUAUCAUCUUUAUUCACUUGGAAUGCGGCAAACGAAUGUAUUCGAUUCAUGCGUCAUUUCCGGCAAACUGACAUUUACAGCAGCAGAUGGAAAUGAUAACGACUGCGAUGGUUUGGUGGACGAGGAACUCAGAAAUAAGCGUGACGAUGAUGGAGAUGGUUUAAUCGACGAAGAUGUUGGCUCGUGGACGAACGUUAGACGACAGGUUGAUGGCGAGGAGGCAUUGGUGAUGGAGGGGGCCUUAGUUGCCGUCAUCAUUUCUAUCGUAGUGGCGUUGUUUGCCGUAAUAGCCUUUAUAGGAGGGAUGGUUGUGGCCGACCAGCUGCUGGGCGGAAACAGUGUAGCACCCGUUCUGGAUAGUCCAGAUUUACAGUAAAUCUCAGGUAGAAUAUCAACUGGUUCAAACGUAUUAGUAUUACAAUAU